AUGACGCAGCUAAAUCACAUAGCAACAUCUGCCACGACCACCUCAUUAGUAGCCCAAGACUGCCUCAGUCUCCGAAACACGACAACCAGUAUUCCUCUUCUCGGGUUCGGCACCUACAAAAUUCGCGGUCAAACAUGCACUACCGCAGUUUUGGCAGCACUUUCAGCGGGCUACAGCCACAUUGACUCAGCUGCGUUAUAUCGCAAUGAGGUGUGCGUCUACGAGGCCAUCGAACAGUCUGGUGUGCCUCGUGAAGCGAUUUUCCUUACUACGAAAGUCGGGAGUCCACGAAGGAUGUCAGGCCAGGGUGACGUGUAUCAAGAUGUUGUCAAAACUGUGGACCGUAUCGCUGGAGUAGACGGAUACGUAGACUUACUGUUGAUGCACGUUCCUGGACCAUCCACAGAUUACCGUCAGAGAUUAUGGGCAGCGAUGGAAAUGGUUAAGAGCAGGGGGAGAGCCAAAAGUAUUGGUGUCAGCAACUUUCGAGUCCGGCAUCUCGAAGAACUGAAGGAGUAUGCCACUGAAUGGCCUCCAAGUGCGAACCAAAUCGAGCAACGAGAUGUCGUGACUUACUGUCAGGACAACGGUAUUGUUAUCGAGGCAUACAGCCCGCUUGCAACUGGUACUCGGCUUGAUGACCCAGAAGUACAAAGGGUAGCAUCAAAGCAUGACAAGACUCCAGCAAAGAUCCUUAUCCGGUAUUCACUCCAGAAAGGCUGGAUACCUCUACCCAAGAGCUCAUAUCCGGAUCGCAUUCAAGAGAAUAUUAUGGUUUUUGAUUUUGCUCUCGACACAGAUGACAUGGUAGCUUUGGAUGCGCUAGACGAAGGGCCCGCAGGUGCUGUUUUUCGAAUGAAUGUUGAUUAA